GGUGACGGUCCAUUGCGCCUCGCAGAGUGAGAGGACCCAAGUGCCCAACCGCGAUGAUCCGAAAAUGGAGGCAGACUAGACCUAUUCUCAUUCUUCGAAUCCGCGAAUCUACCCAUGAGGAUUUCAACCGUAACAAACGUUAAUUAAACAACUUCUUAAUCAUAGAGCUUAAUCCCUCCAAACGCUGCCUUCUCCAACAGCAACCAGCCGAUCUCUCCUGGAUUUCCCCCUGCAGACUCGGGAUUACUCUCUGCUCUCUCUCUCUCUCUCUCCCCGGCUACCUGGUCAUUGUUGGUAUCAUCAUUGGACUUCUACUACUGCUUUCUUCAUUUCCUUUUUAUAUUUUUUCUGAAGAUCUUUUCCAUGUGAACUCAAAAAGCUGAGAGCUUGCUUCCCCACAUCAGAAGACCGAAGAGGAGGGAUUGAGAGAUGGCGUGCAUGAAACUGGGAUCUAAACCAGAAGCCUUUCAUCUCGAUGGCCGAACCUGGCUUUGUUCUGCUGGUCUUGCAAGUGAUGUCGUCAUUGAAGUUGGAGAAAUUUCUUUUCACCUUCACAAGUUUCCAUUGCUGUCCCGAAGCGGGUUAUUAGAAAAUAUUAUUGGAGAUCCUUCUAGCAAGGAAGACAGAAAAUGUCUCGUGAAACUUAAUGACAUUCCUGGAGGCGCGAAAGCCUUUUUGCUUGUAGCCAAGUUCUGUUAUGGUGUUAAAAUAGAGCUCACUGCAUCAAACGUCGUCAAUCUUCGAUGUGCAGCUGAGUAUCUACGAAUGAAUGAAGACUAUGGGGAGGGAAAUCUUGUUAUACAAACAGAAAAUUUCCUCAAUGAAGUGUUUGGCAACUGGACGGACUCAAUUAAGGCUCUUGAAACCUGUGAAGAGGUUCUGCCACAAGCCGAAGAGCUUCACAUUGUUUCGAGAUGCAUCAAUUCGUUGGCAAUAAAGGCUUGUGCAGAUCCAAGUUUGUUCAGUUGGCCAAUAUCAGGAUGCAGUGCUGUGCAGAGCCCAGUGGGUACUGUCAUUUGGAAUGGAAUACGCACUUCAGCCAAGCCACUCCCAGUGGGCGAGGAUUGGUGGUAUGAGGAUGUUUCCUACCUUAGAUUACCUCUCUAUAAAAGGCUGAUCCAGACUGUUGGCGCAAGAGGAAUGAAGCCUGAGAGAAUUGCAGGAUCUCUGAUUUUCUAUGCAAAGAAGUAUGUCCCUUUGACAGGGAGGUAUUCUAGCUUCCAGAAUGGAGACCAUGCUGCCCCUGGAUUGACUGUUUCUGCCCCAUCAGGCGCAGAUCAAAGGACUCUCCUUGAAGAGAUAGUGGAGUUACUACCUGAUCAAAAAGGAGCGACAGCAACCAACUUCCUGCUUAGGCUUCUUCGAACUGCCAUGAUCUUACAUGCAAGCCCAUCAUGCAGAGAAAAUUUGGAAAAGCGGAUUGGUGCCCAGUUGGAUCAAGCAUUCCUUGAGGAUCUUCUCAUACCGAAUAUGGGGUAUUCAGUGGAUACACUUUAUGAUAUUGAUUGUGUUCAACGGAUGCUUGAUCACUUCUUGCUGGUGGACCAGGAUGCUAUUGAUUCUACUUCAGCCUGUAUAGUGGAAGAGGGGCAGUUGAUGGGCGGGUCCCACUCCCUGAUGCCAAUGACAAUGGUGGCUAACCUUGUAGAUGGAUAUCUUUCCGAGGUGGCACCUGAUGUCAACUUGAAGUUGACAAAGUUUCAGUCACUUGCUGCUGGUAUUCCUGAUUUUGCCAGGCCACUAGAUGAUGGAAUUUACCGUGCAAUUGAUAUAUAUCUCAAGGCACAUCCUUGGCUUACGGACUCCGAGAGAGAGCAGAUUUGUAGGCUCAUGAACUGCCAGAAACUCUCAUUGGAAGCCAGCACUCAUGCAGCCCAGAACGAGAGGUUACCACUCAGAGUAAUUGUUCAAGUUCUUUUCUUUGAGCAGCUUCGGCUUCGCACAUCUGUUGCUGGGUGGUUCUUUGUCUCUGACAACAUGGAGAACUCUCAAAAUCCUAGUGGGAAUCUUGCGCUCAUAAGAAACAGCGAAUUCUCCCAAGUAGACACCUCACAAGACCACAUUGUUGCAGUGGAUGACAUGAGGGAGAGGGUUUCCGAGCUAGAAAAGGAAUGCCUAAGCAUGAAACAAGAGCUUGAGAAGCUGGUAAGGACAAAGGGGAGUUGGAACCUUUUCUGCAAAAGGCUUGGUCUUCGACUAAAAUCUCGGGCCUGUGAUCACAAAUCAUCCAAGGCCUGUAAUACCAAAUCAUCCGCAACAACAGCAGCACAGUAUGGGAAUGGAAAACAAACUUGCAAUAAUGGCGAGGUGGGCAAUUGAGUUAUGAAGUUUUGAAAGUAGAUGGUUAUUAUAUUCUUAUUCGCCCAUGCCCCUCCCCCGCAGAGUCUAUCUUUUGAAAUGUAGCUAGUUGUGAUUUUUCCUUUGUGGGUUAGUUGAUGCUGUAAUUAUAUUUUGAUGUUAGAUAUAAUUUGUCCCCUGUUUUUGUUGGUUUUCAAA